AUGAAAUACCUACUGAUCGUUCUAUUAAUUAAAUUUCAGACGACAAAUUGGAUCUGUUUGUUGGUCGCAUGCGUGUGCCUCGUCGAAGCCAGGUACAAGAUCCGAAGACCACCAUUGCCCCCUCUCCAACCGGCAAAAUUAAUGUACAAAAAAGCCUGGCCAAUGACCCACAGAAUCUCAACAGGGAAUAUGAUGUAUAUCAAUGGGAACGUGCCAAAAAGGAUGGUUCCAAAACUUCCAAAUUACAGAAUUCGUCGACCACCCAUGUUCAGUAUGCCUCCUGUUAUUUGGAAGCAACAAAUGCCAAUGAGAGCCCCUUUGAACAACCAUGCGGUUCUUCCGCAGCGUCCACCAGUGAAGGAGUUUCAUUCGGUGAAUAAAAUGCCGGAGUACAGUCCAGAGUACAGACCGGAAGCCGCUGUCUUACCAGCGACUCAUAGAGGCAGCGUUGACGAUGACAAAGGACCCAUUCAUACAAUUCCUGCGCCGAAUCUUAGUCCUAUGGACAAGCCUUUCAACGGCGAAAUGAAUGCCGAUGAAAUGGCUCAACGUCAGCAGACGACCGACGCUGCUUACAAAAUUAAUGCUCAUGGUUCCAUACUGCAAAACUUUGACCUUGCCACCAUAGGCACCAGCUUGGCACCCCAGAAACCGGUGACCAGUCCUACGCCGACUCAGCAUCAAUACGAAGUGACCGAAACCAAUGGUGUCAGUCAGAAAGAAUAUCAGACGGUUCUACCAACGUUCAUACCACCGGAAUACGCAACCCUCUCUACGUUAAUUAAUCCUGAUUUCCAGUCUAACGAUGUCUUCUUGAAUAACCAUCCGGCGUCUAAUAUCGGUCUCAUUGGAACCAACAUUCAACUUGGACAACAUAAUCUACCAAUGCAAACGAAUCUUCACAGUUCCCUGCACGUUGGAUUCCCGGGCACCGCUGGCCAAACCCCAUACAUUAUAAAUCAACAGAUACCCGAUUUACACGUGGGUCAUCCGGCACCAGCUGGUCCCCCACUUUCGGCUAAUCAACUUUACGAUCUUCUAAACAGUUUCCCUCAAAAGAUACCUGAACAAUAUCAAGCAGGUCAACAACCACAGCUUCAACAACAUAUUCUUCAGCAACAACUCGGUCAAUUCUUCCAACCUACCGGAGUAACAGGUUUCUCCCAGCCCCAGAUGCAAUCGUUCAAUUACGACGAGCAGGAUAAUAAGGAACAACAGCAACAACAGCAGCAGCAGCAGCAACAGCAGCAACAGAUUUUGUUCAAUCCAGAAUACGUCGCUGAAAGAGUGAACACUAAUUAUAACGUUGAACAAGAAGUUUCUAUAGACGAUCAGGAGAAUAAUAAUCUACGUCAAGAUGAUGAGCUUGCUUAUAUUAACGAAGGAGCCGAGCAAUUAGAGAAUAACAUCGACUAUGAAGAUACUAAUACUCAGAAAGGUCAAACAACAUAUUUCAACAAAGUAUCAAACAACAAUGGUAUAUCUUCACAAUUUUACACAACGCUACCGAAUCGCGAAGCAGCUGAAAAAUUAGCUGCUCUGGCUGCAGCUGGUAAUGUUAACAGUCAACUGAUCGGACAACUUAGGAAACAACAGCAACAACAUGAAAAUAUGCAGAACGAGGAGGCUAUGCCUCCGAAUCACAAGAAUGAAGAUUACGAUCAGACUUAUCAAGACAGGACGCAUAACAGACAGAAACAUAGACAAAGUCAACAGGAACAGGAGCAACAAUUGCAGAAGUACGAAGAACAACAGGAGUACGAAAGACAACAGGAACAACAUCGUCAAAGACAGAGCGCCGUGUACAGUAAUAAACGACCCCUGAGAAUUAUGGUACCAGAUGAGAAUGAUUAUAAUAACGAAUCUCAGAAUAAUCAGUCGAAGGAGAACACUGAAGUCGAAUAUGAAUAUGAAAAUGACGAAGCUGAUGCUUUGAAUUCGCAAUCUAAUUCGUCGUAUGAUGGGAGAAAUUACGAACAAUCAAACGCGGAAUUUGGCUCGCGUUUGAGUCCAAAGAAUGGAGCAUAAUUCUUGGCUGAAGAGUAUCUUGUACAUAACGUUGAACGCGAAUAUUUAUUGCAAUUUUAAUUUUGUCCAUUAGCUUUGUUCAAGGGUUCUUAUGUAAUUUCCUCGAUACUUUGAUUAGGUUGUUUCUGAAAAUUUAAACAACGUUUCGUCGAUGAUACA